UUCUCUCCCAGGGGUCUCAAUUUUUCAUUUACAAUCCACUCCACUGCAUGCCAGUGAGCGCGCCGUUUGAAGUGCCAGAACACGUACGUGUGCGUGUGUGUGUGUGUGUGUGUGUGUGUGUGAGCAUAGAGCACGGCGUGGAGCAGAGGAGAAAGCCAAGAGCCAACAGCUUAGGGAAGGCGGUGGAGUGUCCUGCCUCCUCUCGCUGCUUUACACACACGCAUCUGAAAGGCAUCAGCAUUUCUGGAUCAGCGCUCAGUCAACAACUCCGUGGAGCUCUGGGAGUUUUUUCUUAUUGAACCAACAAUACUUUGCAAAAAGAGAUUAUAUGGCUUUGAGUGGACGCAUUCAACAAACUUCGUGGUCUUUAUAGUCCUAUUAAGUUCCACAAAGUUUUAGAUCAAGCUGAAACAUUGCUCCACCUGGAUAACCAUCAUAGUGAGCAAAGGCAGCUUUUGGAGGCGCUGUUCCUUAUGAGUUUGUCUUCGAAAUUACGCAAGGAGGACCUGUUUGGUUAACCUAAUACACUUGCCCAGUUUUUUCUCUCUCUCUCUCUUGUAUCGUAUUUGCGUCAUGACUUCUAGCUAUGCACAUGUAAUGGACAGACAAGCAACCAUAUCCAGCAGACUGGAGAGUCCCAUUACAGCCAACCUGGAAAACCUGCAAGCCAAAAAGAACUUCUCGGUGAGCCACCUGUUGGAUCUAGAGGAGGCUAGAGAAAUGGUCGGUUCUCAGGCGGACGAAAGUGUUGGCGAAACGGGCAGGACUAUGCUGGAAUCUCCGGGUUUAACCAGCGGCAGUGAUACAACACAACAGGAGAAUGAACAGCUGAACUCAGAAGAAAAGAAAAAGCGUAAACAACGGAGGAAUAGAACUACGUUCAACAGCAGCCAGCUGCAAGCGCUGGAGCGAGUGUUUGAGCGGACACACUACCCAGAUGCCUUUGUUCGAGAAGACCUGGCACGCAGGGUCAAUCUCACCGAAGCUAGAGUUCAGGUGUGGUUCCAAAACAGACGGGCAAAGUUUCGGCGCAAUGAGCGGGCGAUGCUGGCCAGUAAGAAUGCUUCACUUCUCAAAUCGUACUCAGGCGACGUAACGGCGGUGGAGCAGCCUAUUGUCCCCCGUCCUGCACCCCGUCCAAAUGACUACCUUUCCUGGGGGAGCGCAGCCCCGUACAGUGGUACCCAAGGCCGGAGGGAGGGCCAAUGCGAAUGCCACAGAAAAUGCUGCCCACAGAAACACCAUGGCAACCUACCCACCCACUUGUGCCAACACCACUUCCACCCAGGGAAUGAAUAUGGCCAACAGCAUUGCUAACCUGAGACUGAAGGCCAAAGAGUACAGCCUCAAACAGGUGCCCACUGUCAAUUAAGCCUGAAAUGGGGGACGAGAUGAGGGGACAAAGAGAAGCAAAAAGACAUUGAGAAGAGAAGAACGCAGAGGAGCUGGAUUAGUUUGGCCUUCUGCAGUGUCAAGAGCAGAGUGGAUGUGACUUUUCGCCCCCUCCUAAAACAAUGGAACUGCAUUGUUGUCCCUAUCAUUUGGCUUUUUUCUUCAUCACAGAUGAAGGUAUGUUUUUGAGAAACUUAAUCUCAGUUUGUACUGAUCCGAAGAUUGUAAAGACAGCGCAAGGUCUGCUCUUUGGAGAACAAAUCAACGAGCAGGGCUCCGCUAAAUCUGUAAGAAGUGGCAGACGGAGCGUCUGGAUGCUGUAAGCUGUUCUUUCCUUGUUCUUUUUUGGCUUUAUUUUGGUCGACUGGACAGAAAGUAAAGACACUUUCAUGGCAAACAAUGGAGGACUGUUGUUCACCAUUCAUCACUGAAUGGUUUAAAUUACACAAAAAGUUUAAUGCUGAGAUUUGGCAAAAUACUGACCCAAAAUGUCUUUCAUGUCUACAUUCAGUAGAAUAAAGACACAUUUGUGGACUUUAGUCAGUAAACAGGAGAUGUUUAAAACUAUCCAUUCUGAUGGAAGCAUUGAGGUUGGAUUACAUCUUUUAUUGUCUUGAAUAUUACACCACUGUUUAAGGUAAAUAUUGUGCCCCAUGGUGACCUAUGUAUCCGCUCACAGUACAUAAACACAUUAUGUUUCAGUUUUUCCAAAGGUGAUUUUUUUUAGCAAUUAUAUUUUCCUUCUUAUAUUUGGAAACCAUAUAGUAAUAAAACAUUUUCAAGCAUUAAAUCUUAUACUAUUGUGUUGAAUCCCACAGCUAAAGAGAGACAUGCAUAUAUGUUUUUGCUAAAUGCUCAUAUUUGAGAAACUGUUGCAGGCAACAGUAUUACUUCAACAUGACCUUACAAAAUAUAUCCGUAUGUAACAUUUCUUGCAUUAUGUUAGUCAAAACACCAUCGAUACAAAAUAAAUAAUCCAAAAUGA